UGUAUAUACUUCGAAGCUUCGGAGUUGCGAAGCUUCGAAUAAUUAAGACCACUAAUUUGGACAGCCAAUCAGAUCUUUAUCUUAUUUGCACGUCUCUUUCGAAAAGAGAAGUGUAUCGGUUAUUCUCUUCUUUUCUUUUCAAUCCGGAGAUUGUUAAAAUAAAAGCAAAUAAUGCUAAACGUUCUAAAACGAUGAUAACAGUAAGAUAAUACGGGACACAAAAUGUCGAAAUCGUGAUAAAAGUCUGUCUCGAAUCUCCGAUUUAAACGAAGUGCAAUAUUUAAAGUUAAAAUCGACAAAUUGACGCGUGGGACCGGCGUUUUGUGCAAAUCGGCCUUGAGCCGUUUAAAUCCGAACAGGAAGAAGACGAAUCGGAUUCACUCGCGACGCUCGCACGCAAGGUGACACACGCUGCAAUCCGACGAGGGACAAACGAAAAACCACGUUGCAAAUCGAGCACGCGCGCGCGCGCGCGCGUGCUAAAUCAGUUUUGGCCAACAAUUUAUAAAUAGCAACCAUGCGCGCUAUCAGAGGCCUCUGUGAUUGUUAGAUAAAGAAACGGGAGGUACGCGCGAGUGUAUUGGCAUCCGACGAUAAUGAUAGGCCGAAAUUUAUCGCCGUUCCUUCCGUGGAGAAAACCCGCCGCCUUGCCCCGCUCGGCCAAGAGCCUGCACUCCUCCUGCCGCCAGUGUCUGCGUAGCAACCUGCUGCUGACCGUGCCAGUGAAACUCGCCUACACCUCGUACGAGUCGGUGAAGGAGCACGAGCAGGAUGCGAAGGAGCCCGUCAUAAUAAUGCACGGCCUCUUCGGCUCGAAAAACAAUUGGAACUCGCUGUCGAAGGCGAUCCACCAAAAGACCAAGCGCAAGGUCAUAGCGGUGGACGCCAGAAAUCAUGGUGAUUCUCCGCACUCGACCAACAUGGCGUACAAGGACAUGGCGGGGGAUGUGGUUCAGCUGUUGAGCGACCUAGGCCUCGAGAAAGCCGUCCUGGUUGGCCACAGUAUGGGCGGCUCGGCCGUCAUGUAUACAGCCCUCAACUUUCCGCAACACGUCGAGAAGCUGGUGGUCGUCGACAUGUCCCCUGUGAGAACCAGCCCGAAUCUCAUGCAGAUGGAGAGGAUCUUCGAGGCCAUGCGCCUGGUGCUGGUGGACGGGAGUCUGACCUUGUCGAAGGCGCGCAAAACCGUGGACCAGCAGCUGGCCAAGUCCAUUAAAUCCAACUCGCUGCGUCAGUUCAUACUGACGAACCUGGUGGAGGCGGACUCGGGCAAGUUCAAGUGGCGAGUCAAUUUACCGGUGCUGGAGCAGGCGUUCUCGACUCAGUUAGCUGUGUUUCCCAACGUAGGCUCGAGGAUGUACGUAGGCCCUACGUUGUUCAUAGGCGGCUCCGAUAGCGAUUACAUUCUGUCGAAGGACCACGACGCGAUCAAGAAUCUGUUUCCCCUGGCGGAAUUUCAUUACGUGGACGGGGCGAGCCACUGGGUCCACGCGGAUAAACCCAACGAGUUCGUCGAGCUUCUAACUGCCUUCAUCAAUUACUCGGCCUUGUGACAUUCAUUAUUGUAUAAAGAAAAAGUCAGAAAUUGUCCUUUGUAAAUAUAUUGGUGUAUUUUAGAUCAACUCCACAAUAUUGCAGAAUGUGAAAAGUAUUCAAACAAUAGUCGUGUAAAGAGUGAACAAAGAGACUGCAAGUUGUAUAAUUGCGGCAGAAAAGCGCCGUUGAGCGUCGAAGAACGCGAUACCUAAAUCAGUUUUCCCUCCGUCGCACAUGUUGCCGCGUAGGCUGUAUACUUGAAAGAUUAAGAAAGCUCGUGGAACCAGAUGUAAUUCCACUCGGAGGCCACGUGUGUCAGUGCGCUACAUGUGCUUGAACGAGCGAUACUCGCCGCCGGCGGACGCAUCGUGCGAGGACAGACGCCGUCGAAGCGCAUUCUAUAAAACUAAAUAUCACUCUGAUUCGAUAAUAAUUUAUAAAUAAAACGUCGUUUCCUUUAUACUAAAGAAAAA